AUGACGAUAAUUGGUCGUAGCUAUUGUUAUAGAAAGCUCUUGGCCACAUUACCCAAAAACAGCAGCGGUAGUGAUAUUGCUGGUGGAAUGAGCGCACCGCACCCAAAUUACUCUUUAGGGGGACGUGGUGGCGUUGCAGUAGAAGAUACUUUCGAACUGGUCGAGUCUUCUUCGCAUUGGGAACGUUUCACGACUUUGGUUGAAGAGGUUUUGACCGGGUGGGGAGUUACUGACGGGAAACUUGGAAACUUUGAAGAAUUUGAUUUGUACAAUUCUCAAAAGAAUGCUGAUUACCAACAACAAAAUCUUGCAAGGAAUUCAAAAUAUUUAAGACAACCGUACAUAAAAUUGUUUCAGAAACACAAUCAUAAUAAAGAUGAUGAUCAUGAUAAUAUCAUAAAUCGUCAUAAUCCAGCCUCGGAAUUUCUUCCCAUCCAUUCUAUUUAUAAUAGUAACAAAAAUAAUAAUGAUCCACGAACGAAAUUCGAUAAAAUACACCGAUGGACUGGUCUCACACACAUUCUCGUAUUAAUUCCAAUGUCGAGAUCAGAUCCUGCUGGUUGCAUGCCAUCCACCACAAAAAUGGAUCUGUACACGACAAAAGAAUUAAUUUCCGCUUUUGAAAAAGCUUUUCAUAACACACGAUGUAAUCUUCCCGUUUUUAUUCCGAUUGGUCAACUUGUUAAUUCUUUAUAUAAUGGAUAUAUGUGCUGCUGGAUAAAUGAUCACAAUGACAAAGAGGCAGCUGAGGAAAAGGGAGUAGAUGAUACGAAGAUGAAAGAUUUCAAAGUGGAAUUACGCUUCAAUACUGCUUUACUACGUGACACUUCCAUUGGAGAUUCACAUUUGGCUGGAUUGACUGAAUAUUUUGCGCAACGAGUCAAAACUAUUAAUAUUGAUUCAAAAAAUGACGACUCAAUUAAUGAAUAUAACAAAGAGAAUGAUGAUGACGAUUAUUCAAGAGACGGAGGAUCAAACAUCGUAACAGUAGCUGGGUUAUUUACGUAUGAACUACAAAAUUGGGAUGAUGAAGAUUGGAGAAGAUUGGAUGAUGAAAACAGUGACUUGAGUCGACCACUGGAAAGCGUGAAUACGUCUUUCGAAGAAGAUUUAUUUCUCGAUGAAACAGACAAUGUCACUGUAUUUGUUGAUCCCGGAUCAACUGUUAAUAACCCUACCAAUACUAUGGCAUCAAUCGCUUCUGAUCCUAUUCCGAUUUCCGCUAAUACGCCAACAUCAAAGUCUUCACCAGUUGAGAUAAUGAACGUUCGGAAGUCAACAGGAAAUUCAGAUUUUUCAGCUAUUCAUCAUCCAAGUUCUAUCUCAAAUCUACCCUUUGGGCCAUCCAAAAAUCCACUGGAAUCAAUUAUUUUGACAGCUUUUUUCCCCUCCGCGCCUCAAGACUUUUAUCUCAAGAAUGACGUAUUUAGUGAAAUGGAUGCUGGCAGUGCACCUGUUUGGAUUAUAAAGUGUAACUUUGCACUCGAGAAUUCUUCUCCAACCUUACUUUCGGGUAUCUUGGAGAAUCUAAUUUAUUCAUGGAUUAGAGAUCGAUCAACAUCAAGUGGUAGUGGUUAUGCGAAAAAUUCUAAAUCUAUUGAAUCAAAAGUUGCUAAUGGUAACACUACCAACAUUACAACAAGCAGCAGCAACGGUAAUAGCAAUAACAGUUAUAAUUAUACCAAAAAAUCAAAACUCGCUGGAAACUUAAGGGCAUCCGAAUUACAAACGUUUGAAACGAUUCGAUCGCCGCGUGGUGGAGUUGCCAUUGUUGACACUGGAGAUAUUGAUAAUUUUGUACAGGCAUUAUUUGAUCCUUCCCGAUUUUCAAAAAAUUCGUCAUCAUCUUCAUUAUCAUACACAAGUAUGAAGACUUGUGAUGGAAUCGAUCUUGUCUCUACGAUUGAUCUUAGUCAUAAUAUAAGAAAUACUUCGUUUGUUCCUUAUAAAUCAUUUUUAUGGAAUUUACUUGAAUAUCUGCUGGAAACCGUGUCAUCAACAUCAAAUUUUCAGCAUUGCUCAUCGUUCAUCGGAUCUCUUAAAAUAGUAUGGACUGAAGUAUUAAAGCACAUUCGUACAUAUUGGGAACGAAAUGUUGUAAUUGAUAUUCGCACUAAUAUUUUACAUCAAAAACUUUGCAUGAUCAAUCACUGCAUAACGCGUCUACGAAAAAUGCAAAAAGAAAAUCCAAAGCUAUCCAGUAGUCCAAUUUCCUAUAAGCCAAGGGUUUCAUCGACCAGUUCCGUUGCGUCGUCAUUUAAUUCCAUUAAUAAUACGAUGAAUAAAGGGGGAUUUAUGUCUAUAGCGGAACAGAAACAGAAAAUUUUAUUCUCGGAUGGAAAUAACGGAGGGAUUAUUGGUUCUCUUGAUGAUACUGAUUCUGUUUGUUCUAUUAAUGAUCCUUCGGUGUCGGUUGUUUUGGUGGGACAAGGAAAUUCAAGUGGUGCAAUUGAAAAUUCGAGCACAAUUAAUGUUUCUCCCAAUAUGGAUGAUACGCAAAUAUCAAAUGCCGAUUCAUCCUUUAUUGCGGAAUCAGAUGAUGAAGCAUUCCUUACUGAUGUUUCUGCAUCUCCAUUAGGUAUUCCUCGUAACUCAAAAAAUAAUAAUGUUUCUAGAUCCAUUUCAUAUCAUCGACGAUCUCCCUCUUUCUCCCAUGGUCAAUCUUUUUCCCCUACUCAAUCCUUAUUCUCUGAUCAAUCAGAUCAAAUUCCUCAUUCCUCUUCAUUGACCGAAUCUUUUAUUCAACUUAAUUAUUCAUCGAGCAUGGAAUCUGCAUCUGGGUUUGAUUUUAUUGGUAAAUCACCGCGAAAUGAUAUUACCAAAAGUUCAAGUAAAGGCGUUGCAUUAGAGCAAAAAGAAGGAGAUGAGUAUUUCGAAGUAAGGGAUGAAAAUAUGAGAGAAGGUCAUUCGCGUGUGUCUGAAAAAUAUACUUUAAUUAAGACGAAAGAACCCAUGUGGGAACCUAUAACUCAGGAUAGUGGUAUUAUGACUGAAGAUAUGAUAAGAGAACAACAAGAAUACUUUGAAAAAUUGGGAACGUCAGAGGAAGCAGCUAAAAAAAGAUUUCAGAUUCAAUCUGCACCUUUAAAGUCCGGCAAGUCAUUAUUUUGCAAUGAUAAAAUUCCGACCAUACUUUUAUAUAUACAAAAUAAGUUAAACUUUUUAUUUAAAAUUAACAUAAAAGAUAUGGAAGCUUUUAAAGCUGCAAAUCCACAUGCUAUAUUUGAAGACUUUAUACGAUGGUAUUCUCCGCGUGAUUGGAUUCCCGAUGAAAACGGUGAUCCGAAUUCAGGAAAGCUGAGUUCUCGUAUGUCAAAGGAAGGUUUCUGGAAAGAAUUAUGGAAGAGUUCUCGAAGGAUUCCGGCAAGUCGGCAAAAACCCUUAUUUAAUCAUAGUCGAGAAGGAGAGAAGGCCUUACGAUAUCUUGAACAAUUAUCCAUGCAAGAUUUGUUUAACCAUCUACUACCUACAGUGUUCCUUAUAGCUUACGACACAUUAUUAACACACCCAGUCACUAAACAUAUGAAACCGGUAGCAAUGGGUGUAUCCUUGUUGUCAAAAGAAUUAAUGAGCUUCCCUUGGCCGGAUUUAAAAACUGAAAAUGCAUUUGAGAAAAUUCUAGAGAGAAUCCGUGAGAAUGAACUGAUAAUGGGAAAAGCAAUAUCUCUAUUACGCAAGCUACCAAAACAGUUCUAUUUAGUAGAACGUAUCUUAAAAGAUCCAGAAACUACUGUAGCAAAUGAAACAGAACGUGAAGCAGUUCGAGAAUUGUUUGCUUCCGGAGCAUCACUUAACAGUGCAUUUCCACUACCAACAUCACGCGAAUUCGUCUUACAAACAACAACGAAACUUGUAAUACUUCCAAAUAUUUCAAUACAUAUACCCUUGAGAAUGUAUGUGCUGUCAAAUGAAAACGGAAUACGUGUCAUCGAAAUGAUUG